AUGGUCGACUAUGACCCUCUUGCCAUCGAGGCCUUCCUUGACAGCACCGCCGCCGAAGUUGAGGCCGAGAAGCGAAGCAAGGAAGCCGCUGCUCGUCGCUCAAGCUCUGAUGCCCGCUCAGUUUCUCGCGAUCGUAAAGACGAUCGUGACCGUCGCGACAGAGACCGCGACCGUGAUCGCGCCAGGGACCGUGACAGCAACCGUGAUCGGGAUCGCCGUGAUCGAGACCGCAACCGCAAUCGAGAUUAUCGUGAGUCUAAUAACGAGGGCGAUAGGAGUCGUGAACGAGAACGACGCCGACGUGACGGAAGCAGGCCAUCUUCCUCGCACAAGGAUGCUAACACAGAUGAUGAAGGCAGUUUUCGUCGAAACGAUCGCUCUCGCGAUCGUCGUGGCCCACGCGACCGUGAUCGGGAUCGCCGUGGUGGUGACUUCUACACUGGCGGUGGUAGGGCUCGCUCAAGGUCCCCUCGCCGCCGUGACCGUGAUGACGGACGCAAUAGGCUCCGUUCUGACCGUUCCCGUGACCGUCGCCGCCGCGACGAUGAUCGUCGUGGUCCAGCCACGCCGCCCAAGCCUGAGCUUAAUGAAGACGACAAAGAUAAGCGCACUGUUUUCGUCCAGCAGAUCUCCCAGCGUGCCGAGACGCGCCACCUUCGUGCCUUCUUCGAAGCUGUUGGCACUGUUGUCGAGGCCCAGAUUGUCACUGAUCGUGUGACCGGACGCUCCAAAGGUGUUGGUUAUGUUGAGUUCAAAGAGCUAGAGUCUGUCGCUAAAGCUAUUGAGCUCACCGGCCAGAAGUUGAAGGGUGUGCCUAUUAUCGCACAACUCACCGAAGCUGAGAAGAAUCGUGCUUCCCGAGCUGCCGCUGCAGAUGCCAAUGGCUCAUCCAACCCACAGGCCCCGUUCCAUCGUCUCUAUGUCGGUAACAUUCACUUCAGCAUCACCGAAGAAGAUCUCGAGACCGUCUUCGGCCCUUACGGCGAGCUUGAGCAUGUUCAGUUGCAACGUGAUGAGGCCCCGAAUGGCGGUGCAGGCCGUUCUAGAGGAUACGGUUUUGUCCAAUAUCGCGAUCCCGCUGCAGCGAAGUCCGCCCUCGAGACCAUGAACGGCUUUGAACUCGCAAACCGCCAGAUCCGCGUCGGUCUCGGCAAUGACAAAUUUACUCCGGAGUCCACCGCCAACUUACUUCGAAACUUCAACCAGCAGGCUUCAAGCUACCAGGGCUCUGCUUUCUCUGGAGCUGGUGGACGGGGCGCUUAUGCUGGCGGCUCUGGUGGUGUCUUUGACCGGACUCAUGGACGUGACGACCGUGGUGUGACUGGAGCCUCUGCCCUUGAUGAUAACGAUGUCGCCGGUAUCAAUAUUAACAACAUGAAUCGCGACCGACUUAUGAAUUUGCUAGCUCGUAAUCCCGUCGACGAGCCUUCUCGUGGAAAUGCCCAUAACUCUCAAGCAGCUAUUGCCAGAUCCCGCGCACCCGUUGUCGAGCAGCCAAUGGCAUCUAGGUGCAUCAAGAUCAAUGAUGCUUUCAGCCCCGAAGAAGAGCAGAAGCAAUGGGGCGCUAAUUGGGUCAAAGACCUCGAAGCAGAGGUCAAGCACGAGUGUGACAAAAAGUAUGGCAAGGUCGUACACAUUGCUGUUGAUCCAAACACAGAUGGCGACAUUUAUGUCAAAUUCGAUACGGUCACCGCAGGCGAGAAAGCCAUUCAGGGUCUCAAUGGCCGCACCUUUAACUUCCGCCACAUCCGUGCCAGCUACGUCGUGGACAAGAUCUACAACUCUCUCUACGGUCUUCGCAACUAA